AUGGAAUUCUAUCCUAUCGUAUUAAAAAAUUUAAAAUAUAUUUCACUUGAGCUUGAUUUAGUUCCUUUCAAUCAGCUGGAAAAAUUAAUAAAAAAUUUCUUUUAUUAUGUUGAAGUUUUACGUCUUACAACAAAAGCUGAUUCAACAUAUUUAGACGCAAAAAAGUGGGAACAAUUAAUAGUAUCUUACAUGCCAAAUCCACGUAUAUUUGAUAUAAAUCAUGAAGGUUCUCAACAAAUUAAUCAAGUAACAUAUCAUGAUUUAAUUAAUCAAUUUAAUUCAUCAUUUUAUAUUGAAAAAAAAUGGUUUUUUACACAUCAACACUAUUGGCAAGAAACUAUUAAAAGUGGAAUAUUUUAUUCAACAAAUCCAUAUCGAAAAGACUAUACAUUUUAUUGGGAAUUAGAUGAACAACUUUGUUCACAUCUUCAAGAAAAAAAUUUAAAUUCGGUUAAACAUCUUCACAUGUGUAGUAAUCCAGUAACAGAUACUUGUAUAAAUUAUUUUCCAAAUGUUACUUCAUUAACUAUUACGGAUUCUUUUCAAACAUCUGAUGAUCCAAUAUCACAAACUCUUAACCGAAUGUCAAAUGGGGUCUUACUACUAGAAAGCAGAAAAUAUGGACUGGAUUUUAUUGGUAAAACGUGGAGGCUUGUUGAACCUUACAAUUUUUAUUUCGAAGAAUUACUUCAUCUAUUAUGUUUUACAUCAAAUUUAUAUAUAUUAAAAUUUGAUUCAAUAUGUUUUUGUAAAAAUACAGUAACAUCAAUUCAACAAAAAGAAGAAUUUCAUCAUAUAUCAGAUGUAAACAAACUAAAACGUUUGCAUAUUCGUGAAACAUGUACAUUUGAAGAAAUUAAAAUGCUAGUCGAUUUAUUUUCUCAAUUGCAAUAUCUUCAAACUGGCAUGAGUCAAAAAGAAAUUAAACAAAUUAUACCAUUUUUAUUAUCAAAAACUAAUGUUAAAACUAGGGAUGUGCAGUUUCGGUGGAAACAGUGA